AUCACAUACCAAUUGGCAAGGCUCAAAUGACACAUAUGCUCCUUCCUAGUAGCAAAAUGUACCCAACCAUCUCCUUAAAUUAAAAUCAAUCCAACACUUUCUCUCAUAUCCAUUUUCAAAACUUUAUUAUAAACUUCAUACUUCAGUAUCAGUUCAGACUUGAGAGUUCAGACCCUCCUUUCUUUCUUAAAUGCUUUGUACCUCAUCCAUCACACACUCUGUAGCAAACACAAAAACUUCUCUAAACCACCAUCACCAUCUUCUACCAUCUGCUUCUCAUGGAAACUACUACAAGGUCUCAAACACUGUCCCCAACCAGUUCCCCUGAAUUCGAGUUCUGGAUGGUCAGAAACCCCUCUUUCCCUCAACCCAACAUCCUCUCCGCCGAUGAACUCUUCGUCGACGGUGUCCUUCUUCCCCUCCACCUUCUACCCACCACAACUAAACCCGACCCACUUCCCAAACCUGACCCAGAAACUCCCACCUCAGCACCUAUCCCAGAACCCUCCCCUGCCAUCACCGACUCUGUAACAAGCACCCCAUCAAAGCGGUGGAAAGACAUAUUCAGAAAGAGCGACAAGAAAACAACCGCAGAAGACAACAACGAGAAACCGAAGAAGAAAGAGAAGAAAGGCGGAACAGGUGGUGGCGCCGCCGCUUCAGCAGCAACAGAGCUCAACAUCAACAUAUGGCCUUUCUCACGGAGCAGGUCUGCCGGGAACACGGGCACCCGACCCAGAUUGUUUGCUCCGGCGGCCAGGAAAGUCAACAGCGCGCCGUGCUCGCGGAGCAACUCCGCCGGAGAGUCCAAGUCGAGGAAGUUUCCCAGCAGUCCAGCUCGGGUCGGAGUUCAUGUAGGAAGGAGCAGCCCGGUUUGGCAGGUUCGUCGCGGAGCUUCCGCUUCCGCUUCCAAGAACGCCGCAGAAUCACUUCCUCUGAACCGUGAAAAAUCCAAAAGAGAAACAAGCACGAGUUGCCGGAGCAAGCUCGCCUCCUCCGGCGCCGACACAAGAGCCAAGGUUUUGAAUGUGAAUGUUCCUAUUUGCAUUGGAAACCACUUGAGUUGCAGAAGCGAUGGCAACAGUGGCGGUUCUGAUUACAACAGUGGCGGUUCUGAUUUUCGUGGCAGUUACCGUGGUCAUAGUGAUGUUGGGGGUAAAAUUUUCAAUCUUCGCAGCUUCUUCUCCAAGAAAAGCAUAGUAACUUCUCACUAGGGUAAAUUUUUUCCUUAACUGCUUCAUAUACUAUCCAUGUAAUUAUUUAUUUACUGCACUAGCACUAGUUCGUUAUCAUUACGGCUACUACGGAUACUGUGUGCAUGUCUUGAUACACGGUAGAAAAUCACAGCAAAACAAAUAGUAAUUUACUUUGAUUGUGAUUUUUACCGUGUAUCCAAACAUUCAUCAAAUUAGUUUUUGUCCUUUUAUUGAAUUUUAGAUUUUUGUACCUUUUCUCUUUUUUUUAUCUUUGUAAAGAAAGCUACAAGUCUAUCUAUUUAAA